CUAAGCGAAUACAUACCGAUAUGAAUUCUAGCGUGAGAUCCGAAGGAAUUGAUCCGUCCGUUGUGAGUUCUAGGCAUGUAUUUCGCGGGAUAGAGUACGUUGUCACCCUCAUGAUUGACAGCGACAAAGAAAUAUUUGUCCUUGAAGUCGAAGACAGGCUUACAUCCGAUCAAUGGAGAGGACAGUUUGAUGCCAGAUAUAUUGAAGACUUGACCCAUAAAACUGGGAAUUUCAAGCAGUUUACGGUGUUUGUCAACAUGCUUGAAAAUGCACUUUCAAAGAGUAGUAACUCAGUAUCUGUGGACCUUUUGACGUAUGGUGACCUUGAAUCAUUGCGUAAACAACAACAUCACAGAACUGGCUUUGGAACACAGCAUAUUCCUGGUGCAAAAACAAGAUCACAACUUCAUUCCAAGAGAUACCUUAUUAUGACAUAUACUGUUGAAUUUGACAGGAUACAUUACCCACUUCCUUUGCCAUAUGUGGGAAAACCAGAUCCAGUGCAGCUACAAGAGACUAUAAGAAAACUAAGAGAAGAAAACCAACGUCUUAAAGAACAGCUCAUGAAAGGUUCAAGAACCUCUGCACUGACUCACCUUCAAAAGGAGCAUGACAAGUUGGCCAAGGAAAAGAUGGAAAUAGAAAAGAAGUUUGAGACAUUUCAACGGGAAGUGAAACAUACUUCCAAAGCAAACACAGCCAAGGAAAUCAGAGUGUUAAAAAAAGUUGUACAGAAUCUUGAGAGUGAACUAAUGAAGGAGAAAAACAAAUAUCAAAGAACAAUCAAUAAAAAAAAUGAAGAACAUAGGAAUGUAGUUGAGGAGCUAGAAGAAAUCCGUGCAAAUGAGCGUAAUUUAAGAGCGAGAUGUAGAAGCUUAACAAAUGAACUUGCAGUAUUAAAACGAGGAACUAGACCAUCACCAGCCCAAAGUAGUAGUUCAGCUGCUAGGAGAGGCCGGGCUCCCCGACGUUCUAUUUCUCAAGAAAGGAGACCGCCUUCUAAACAGUCUUCAGGCAUGCGCAGUAGAACACCUUCACCAGCAGUUGGAAGAGCUCCACGGUUUGACCCAACAGCAUAUGUCAAAGAAAAGCAAAGGAAACAGAAGGAGAUGGACGAAGCCAGAGGGCGAAAAAGAUCCCAUUCCAGUGGAUCUGGGACACGAGCUCGUUCAAGGUCCCUAUCAGCAGAUCGCUUACCUCGUAAAGGCCCAGGGUCAGGAAGAAAGAACCCCAGCUUGUGGUCGGGAGGCAGGAGAACAUCGUCCAAUGGUAGCCUGGGCACUAGGCGCUCGUCCCAGUCCUCUGUGGAUAGAGACUACUUGUCUGAUGACGUAGACGGACAUACGAAACCACGACGAGUGAAAACCAGGCCCAUUAUCGGCUCAGCUGGAAAGACGAAGACUGGUUCCAAGAAAAACUCGUGGUACAGCCCUGGGGAUUCGGAUAUGGAGCGAGGAACAGCAGUGAAAGUAGCCACAGUACCCUAUUCAAGUACACCAGAGAAUAGUCGAACACACUCCAGAGGUUCAGAGAAACACCGUCACGCCACGCCUUUACGAGACAUUGGGAACGAGUCCCUGAAUCGGUCAGCGGAGAUGAUGGAAAUUGAUGCGCGAUUGAACGCACUGCAGAAGUUUAUGAAAGAAAAUAUGCCUUGAUGCCUUGAUGCCUUAGCACUUCACUUGUCUCAUAUAAUCACAUCCAGAGUAUCGAAAAUGAUAACUGCCCACCUAUAUGUACCACAAUAUUUCAUCGUACUCUAGAAAUCUAGGAAAUGAUUUUCAUUGUAAAUAGAUCAUUUUACUAAUUCUUAAAGUAUUAUGCUGUAUUUUAGGCUGUUGUAUCUUAAUGUAAAUAAAUGUUUUAAAGUCGACCCAAUUAAACCCAACUAGGAACUAAGGGUUGUCUUGCUUAACGACUGCUGAGUACGACGGCAUUACAUCUGGCAUGUCCAGCACAUUUUGACCACGCUUUAAAAGGUCAUCGGAAAAGCCAUGAAGGCGAGCUCACGUAAAAAUCUCAAAUUAAUUUAUAUAAACUGUAGUUUGGUUGGAUUUACUGCGCGCUCUUGGGUGUUCCAUCCUGUCUCUUUUGUGCCACUUUUUUGUCCUUGGUCUGCCCAGUGGUCCCUUUCUGAUUCCCUCGUGCGUUCCAUUUUUCGUUCUCCUUUUCUCCUUUUUUUGUACGCUCCUUGUUGCUUUCCGUUGUACUUUCAGUCGUGCAUCUCAGCCAGAGCAGCCCCUUUUUUGUUUUUUAUGCUAACGUUUUUAACUUCAUACUUUUGUUUUUCUCGCAAAAGGUGAGUAACGUGAAACUUUUGUUUUUCCGAAAACACACGGAAGAUGCACUCCUCCCGUUCUUCUCCCCUCGACCACUUCACUCUAAGUUCCUUCUCGGUCCUUUCAGCCGCGGUCAAAUCCUUCCAGCCGGAGCCUGGUUACAGGCUACACUUCAACGUAAAACAAAAACCGGCAAAUUUAAUUAUCAAAUUGUCGCGAAAAAGCACGUUCUCAUUGAUUGCAGUAUGCUUGGUUUUGAAAAUACAAUUAGUGUACAGUAAUAUAAUAUCGAUUAAUACAAGGCCGCGGGGCGUUUCAACAAGUUUCGGCUGUAACGAUAAUUUUAAAGGGUAACGUUUUGGCUGAAUAUAUACCUCUUACUAACCGAGUUCUAGGGCCGUAA